AUGCACCAGAUUUACAGCUGCAGUGAUGAAAAUUUAGAAGUCUUCACUGUGAUUUCUUCCAAAUCAUGUAGCCCUGUCAGAAGAAAAGUCAAAAGUACACAAUGCAUCCAAUCAAAAAAGGUGGUAGCAGUGUCUGACUAUCAUCUUCAGGGGACAGAGGAAGAGCAGCGCCCACACCAAGGCGAUCUCAUGCAAGUCUUCUGCAAAGAUGAAGAUGGGACAGCUUUCAGCCAUCUGCAAAACAAGCAACAAGGAUUUUUCUCUAGUCCUACAAAAUACCCUGUAACACAUACAGGAAUGCCUAAACAGCCAUUCUGCUAUAGCAAUAACCAGUCCGAUGCAAAGACUUUGUUUCACGCAUCCCCAGUGUUCCAGCACAAUGCAAAAUGGAUUUCAGCCACAGAACCAACAAUGAAGAAUGGUGUGUUUGCAGAAGAGCACGGAAGGCUCUCACGGAAAAACACGGAAGAUGACAUAAGCCCAUCUCAAGGAACUGAGGCUUCCUCACCCUUGACGGGAAGCACUUUGUAUGGUACACCCAGCCUCCUCCGAAAAAUAUGGAUGAAACAUAAAAAGAAGUCAGAAUAUCUGGGGGCCACAAAUAGUGCCUUUGAGGCAGACUGA